UUUUUUCCUUCCUGCAAGUCUAUCUCAAACUUCCUGGAAAUAGUAAGGCCUGAGUCCUUAUAAUCUAAAUAUGGCCAUCUCCCACUAAGCCCAAAUCUUUCGGAGGCCCUUCUUAAUAUUUCCAGAAGAUGUUCCCUGUUUGCACAAGGGAGGCCACAAUCAUGGCAUGAGCUUACUCCCCACCUGCUCCCCUCCACUCUGCCUUUCUCCCUGGACGUGGAGCUCUCCUCCCCACACACGCAUCUGCAUCGCCUACACUCCCUUCCUUUCCCCUUCUCCACGAAAGAAAAUGGAGAGGGUUUUGCCCUGCAGAACGCCGGCGUCCCGUCGCCUCCGGCCUCCCCUCGCCAAGCCAAGGCCACCAAGAGCUUCCUUCCCCUCGUCACUCUGAAUCUCCUCGACAUACGCACGCGACGAAUCGAGCUCAAAAUCGCCGACUUCUUCGUCUCUUCUCCGACCGCCAAGCUCCGGCGAGGUUUCCGGCCGCCUCCCUCGUCCUCUGGACUCCCCGAAAUGUUAGAUCGAUUCCUGGUAAGGUCCUCCUUCUUUUCCCCUCCUCCCCCGACGCUUUUGACCCCCUUUUUGCGACGCCAAAUUUGACGAAGCUGACGGGAUGUUUCCUGUAUGUGGUCGCCGCCAUGUUCGUCUUCCCCUUCACCACGCCAUCGUCUACGUCCGCUUCGGUCUCGUACGGAGCGCCAUAAGGCUCGUGGCCGUCUUCUCCGUCGAUUCCCGGCCGGAGCACGGAGCCGGAGGGCCAGGAACAUCGCCAAGUUCGUCGUAUUCGUCGCGCUCCCACCACAGUGACCACCUGCUCAUCUUCUUCCCGGAGUCUGCACGCAUCCCUGAGCCGGGCCCUUCCCCAGCAACCCCACGCAUUUGCUUCUUCCCGGUUAGGAUCACGAAGUGCUGCGGUGAGCUACGCCAAGUUCUCCGGAUGUCCCUCGGCAAGCUUUAACAGAUGGGGACCUGGAGGGGACCUUGUAUGUUUGGGAUAGAAGAAUUCGACAAGCACUGCAUGUUUGGCAACGACAUGUACCUUACCGCUGAUAACCGUUCAUUUCUGAAUGAAUUCUGUGAGAAAUCUGGUCGCAACCAUAUGAGAUUUUAUGCGCACAGGAUGACCUAUUCAAACGUCGUCUCAAAGAGGGCCAAAAUGGUUUUUGGAGCUAGGUUCAGUAAGUUGCAUCUGCAAAGAUACUUAGAUGAUGCUAUCAGGGUGGAGGUUCAUUGCACCAGCAGUGAUGAGAUUUUUGAAGUGAGGAUGAAGAAGGGAAUGGGAACAAACCAAGCCAUCAUGACAAGUGGUUGGGAUGAUGUAGUUAAAGAAUACAAUUUCGAAGAGGAUGACAUUGUUCUUUUCUGCUUUGAUCCAAAAAGAUCUGGAGGUCUUAAUCUUCUACUUGUGCACAUGCCUCUUGAGGAGGAGGACGACGAUGAAGGCGAGCACAACAUGAGUGAUGACGACAUCGAAGAUAUCGAAGAUACUUGA